AUUUAGUAAAUAUGUUUCCAAGUAAGUUCGCGGAAAAUGAAUAAUUAUCAGGGUCAGGUCAAAGCAGUACAAUGAACAAUCCAUUUACAAAAAAAAGUGGAUCUAGGUCUGCUCAGAGACCAACUGGUUUUUCGAAAACUCCAACAAGAACUGGAAAUGCUUUUGGAGGAGGGAAUAAAGAAAAUAGUAAUCCUUUUGGAAGCAGACAAAGUGCAACUCCAAAUCCUUUUGAAAGGGCAAAGGGAAGUAAUUCAAAUACUUUUGGGGGUGGAGCUUCAUCCUCAAAUAUGUUCUCCAGAAAUAAUACAUCAAAGAAUCCAUUUGGGGGAGGCUCUUCUUCCCAAAAUAUUUUUGGAGGUAAUUACUCGAUAAGUGGGAGAGAAACAAACCACGAGAAGGAGGUACAGAUACUACUAUCAAAUUUUCACUCUAUGUUUGAUCCAGAAAGCCCAAAUAUGAUAUUUAAAGAGUAUCUUUUUAAUAGAUAUGGAGAUGAAGUUUCCAAAGGGGCCAGGUUUCAGUUCAGAAAUUACUUCGAAAAUCUUGGACAUGAUAAAAAGUACCAAAUGGCAAUGAGAAUGAACCCAGAUCCUGACAAAUACUACAUAAUGCCAAUUACCUCUUUUAAAGAGCUUUAUGAAAGAACUAAAUUAUUGAAAGAGGCAAGUAUGGAUCAAUUAAAGAAGGUAAAGGGUAUCAAAGAGAAGAUGAACAAUCUUGAAACUGUGAAGAAAAACAAAUGUCUAAGAGAUAUAAAAUAAAUGAAAGGAUACUUUCACCAGAAUUAGAGAGAAGUUGAUCAAAAUCCAAACAAAAGUAGACGAUAAGGCUAUAAAGAAAGAUCUCUGCAACUACGAUCACUCAAAAAGUAGUGAAAUGUACGAGUCCUUGAAGAGAAUUGAGAGAAAAUUGUUCGCUUCCGAUACAGUUAAGCAGAGAGUGAGGGAUAUCAAGGAGAAAUCAGAAGAGCUUUUAGAGCUGAGAGGGAAUGUAGAACAUCAGUCUGAAGAUUAUAUCGAUCAAGCAGAAAACUCAGAAAUCGAGAAACGAGCAUUUCCGAUCAUUGAAGUUCUUAAGGAACAACAGAAUGGCAUCCAUAUUUUGCUACAGAAGCUGAAAGAGAAAAAACAGCUUAUGGACGUCUGAGAUAAGAUGAAACAUCAAUAUUCUGAGUAUUAGACCAUUUCUCAGUAAGGACCUUGAAAGAUCUGCUAAAAUUAUCCCAUAUUUAAUUUUCCAAAAAUUACUAAAAUCAC